AUGUACAAGGCCCUGCUGACUGCGGUCCUGUUGCUGUGUACGGCCCUGAGCUCGACCCAGGCUCAGGCCGAGGUCAAGGCGGUGAAGUUGUGUGGGAGAGAGUUCCUCAGGGCUGUGGUCUACACCUGCGGAGGCUCACGCUGGAGACGAGAGGAGGAUGGACCCUUCAGUGGGGAGUCUCUGCUCGUCUGGGGCCCUCAAAUGGAGCUGAGGAGGAGGGACAUGAACAGUAUCCUGACGUCCUUGUGCUGCUCGAUGGGCUGUAGGAAGAGUGACCUCUCCCUGCUCUGCUGAGGCCCCCACAACAAGGAUCACAAUACUCUCUAUCAAUACUGUCACUGUCAGUACUAUCAGUACUAUCAGUACUGUCAAUACUGUCAGUACUAUCAGUACUAAAGUACUGUCAGUACUCUCAGCCAUGUAGCAUUCUGCAUCACUGUUUUCUGGAAUUACAUUAAAGGGGUACUAUGGAACUUUUCUGUUGGGGUCCACCAGAUGCUUGUCUUCAUAGAUAUUGUUCCAUGCACAGUAUGGCAUUAAAUUGAUCUUAUUUACAUGCCAUUACAGGAGUCGCCAUACUGUGAAGGGGUUCAUCUCUCCACAGAUCUUACCUGUAACUUGAACUGGUGGUAUCAGCUGCUUGUCUCCAGAUAGAUGUAUUUAAUGCCAUACUGUGGAACAUCCCAUAAACAAGUGGUCUAGCCAGAAAAGUUCCACAGUGCAGCUUUAGAGUGUUUGGAUGUGCCUUUUUAAUUUGAAUGUUUGUUAACAUAUUUGUUGUCUGAGCAUUCAAA